AAAGCACUCUGCGCAUGCUCCGUGGCUGUCACUCAAGGAAACAAGGGGACAAAUGCAGUGAUGUACCUCUGCACGUGAAUCUAAGGUUAUGAGUUUACAGUGAAACAGCUGACUGUGAAACAUGUCUGUGGCUUUAUCGCGCUGUAUCGGCAGGGUUUUAUCCCGACAAGUCGCUUCGUCAAGGUAACAAAAUUUAUCUUUCAUGUAACAAGUUAAAGAAGGCGUUAGCUACUUUGAGCUAAUAAAGCUAAGGUUACUCAGAUCACAAAUGCUGAUCCAGACCUUGGUGCACAAAUAAAUCCAGCUGUCUUAAACGUGUAUUUGUCAAUUGUUUUCUGUUCUAGCUUUGUAGCAGGAGAGCAGCACCAUGCUGUGCAGAGUUGUUGGUUUGUACCAGUGAUGACUCUGAAGACUACAGCUGCUCUCAGGUAUGAUCAAUCUAAAGUGUCACACUUAAACCAAAAGACUCCAGGUCACUUUAUAUUAGAUUAAGUGACCUUGAUAAAACUGCAGAAAAGGCGCCUUUUGCAUUUAAAAGGCUGAAACCAGUAAAUGACAGAGACACUUGUAUUACUAUCUAUAUACAAAACCCAAUUCCAAUGAAGUUGGGAAAUUUUGAUAAACGUAAAUAAAAACAGAAUACAAUGAUUUGCAAAUCAUUUUCAACCUAUAUUCAAUUGAAUACACUACAAAGACGAGAUAUUUAAUGUUCAAACUCAUAAACUUUAUUUUUUUUGCAAAUAAUCAUUAACUUUAGAAUUUGAUGGCAGCAAUAAGUGACAAAGAAGUAGGGAAAGGUGGCAAAAAAAUACAGAGAAAUUUGAGGAAUGCACAUCAAACACCUAUUUGGAACAUCCCACAGGUGAGCAGGCUAAUUGGGAACAGGUGGGUGUCAUGAUUGGUUAUAAAAGCAGUUUCCUCAAAAAGCAAAAUAGUCAAACAGUUUAAGAACAACGUUUCGCAAAAUACAAUUGCAAGGCAUUAUUCUUUAAAACUUAAAAAAAUGCUGUAAUCGAAAGAGCUUUGAACAGGUCUAUGUUCACAUGAAGAAUCAUGUCACUGUUGAACAAUAAGAUAAUAAGUAUAUGAUCCAAGUCAUUGUUGAUUUUCAACUCAAUGUGAGAACCUGCAUCCCUGACAUCACAACGACAUCUGUUUCCCCGGUCAAUAUUAACAUAUAACUUGUUAGAACAUAGAACAUGCUCAGGCAGACUUGUGUUUUGUGUUUUAGAGCGGUACCCCAGAAGAAGAAGAAGAAAGCGGACCCUCGAAUAGAAGCACUAGUACGAGACAGGUUGAAAAAAAAGCUGAGGAAGCUCGAAAAGAUUCCACCAGAGUUCAUCCCAAUCGAGGACUUUAUAACUCCUUCCAAAUGUUUGGAUGAAACAAGGUACAGUACACUGUCACUGCUGACUGUGUUCAUAGCCCUGUAUUGCUUAUUUCGAGUUAUAAACCUAUUAAAAGUGCAUUGAUCCACACGAUUAUUGGGGUUAUUUUUGUUGUUUUAAAAAAUAUAAGAUGGCAGAGACUUGAUUCUUUUUUUUUUAAUUUAGGGCUUAUUUCUUUUUGACUGAAACCAGCUGUGAAGAAGAUAUGCACCACGUACUAUGAAUUUGCUCUGCCUUCUGAACUCAGUUGCUGGACACAAAACUCUGUUGAGAUAACUUUCAUGUAGGACACAACGACCAAACUGUUGAUCUGUUUAUUUCAUUGAAAUUUGGUUUACUUUGAAAAGGUCAUGAUUUAAUGUGAGAAUGUUGUUCUUGGAGGCUCUCAGGGUUGAAAAGGCUGAAACUUUCAUCCAAGUUCUUCUUUUAGGUUUUAGAAUGGAACGCUUACAGUCCAGGGGUGUAGAAAUGUAUCUCAAAACACUACAUUAUAGUAAAACAAGAUGACUGUUUUUCACUUGUGUAAUAGAUCUUCUUUUAUAUAUCAUUUGUCUCUCUUUGACUUGCUGUAACUUUGUUUUUAGCGGCUUUCAAUGGUUCCCUCUGACUUUUAAGUGCUCUAAAUGUGUUUUGUUUUUCUUCCUCUCGCACAAAGGCAACGCUCUACAUCGAGGCUGUCAGUUGAAGAGAGUGAGCGUCGAGCUCUGCUGCUAAAGGAGUGGUGUCUAUACAAACAGGUCACCACUUACCCAUCACACCUCCAUCACUUUAGCUUUUACAUUAAGUGCUGCUCCUGACCUUUGCUCCCCAUCAUGUGCAUUUAGUCAAAUAUAUACCGUAUGAGGUGCUAAUCUGUCCUUGUUUCUGCAGAAGCAGCACAUGGCUGAGGUGGAGUCUGUUGAGCUAGCUCUGAAGGCUCAAAAGGAGGCACUGAAGGAGCUGAAGUUGGAGUCUGAGGAGCUGUACCAGGCAGCGCUAAAGCCAGACCCCCUAUUGUUUCCCUUCGCUCAUGAAGGUCCAACCUUCACGCCACCAAAGGAAAACUAUGAAGCUCCUGAUGGGAAAUACGUGGAUAUCACUAAAGUUUACACACAGUGAUGGACAGAGAACAACAGUUGGUGCAGCACGUGUUCAUUGUCUUUAAUUUUUUGUGUGCCCCCUGUUUGUACAUGAGUCCUUAAGGCAGUAAACAACUUUAACAGCCUGUGUGUGUGGGAGUGAAUGACACUUUCCCUUAAACAUUCAAGUUGUACAAACACCUCGUUUGUCCUCUCUGUAUCCAAUGCAAAAUUAUUCUUUCAAAUGGCAUCAUAUUGACCCAUGUCCACUUUUUCAUCUCUGUAUAAAACAAUAAAUAUAAAUGUGCUCUUUUUAAUAAGUCAAAUGUGUUCAGUGUUAUUCAACAUUUUGAUAUAUUAGGAUAAACCUGUAUUAACUUAACAAAGCAAAAAAAAGGAAUUGAACCUAUGGUGCAGGUAAAGUAUAUAACUGGUGGCAGGCACAUGCAGUCAAGUAUCCUGUUUGAUUCAAAUAAAAAUAGCUGUAUACAAGAUUUUAAAAA